AUGUCGGAAGUGUCGAACUCUUUCUCGGCUUGGGAGACCCUGCCGAAGGACGAACCUCCUCUGUGCAUCGCAGUUCGACGCCCAGAGUCACCUCCACGCCACUAUGAGGCGGUUUCUUUCCUAAAUGGUGGUGGAAAUUUCUUGUAUUGGAAACCAGUUGCUUUUGGUGUACUAAGACUACUGUACCUAAGAGUAAACUGCCAAGAUUCACCACCGUCUUGGCAAAGUGUCGCAGGUGGCUCGUUGAUCCAUAUAGCUGAUGAAUCCGAAUUGGAGGCGUUUUACGAGGAGCUGGAGGAAGUGAUGCGCAACGAGAAGACCUUCUACAAAUUCGUUGUCGGAGACUUCAACGCAAAACUAGGAAAGGCUACAGAAGAGGAAUAUAGAAUUGGAAGAUUUGAACUAGGGGACCUAAAUGUGCGACUCGUGCAGAGAUCGACCACAUACUCACCAACCGGAGUGGUUCUGAUCACCGUCUCCUUCGUACGAAAAUACGACUUAGCCACACGAUGGAAAAGAACAUCUGCUAUCAGCAAGGAAGGAGAAAAGAAGAAAAGACGAUUGCGUAUUCGAGGACUCCUUGUCCCAAGAAAGAAUGAUCCCAGACCAGUGGAAGACCUCGAAAACGUUCUUAUCCAUAAGAAAGGUGACCUUCGGAACUACUUAUCUAUCAAUAUACUAUCCGAUAUGCUGUCUGAGCGUGUUAUACAAGAACUGAACGAAGCAGGGAAGAAAAUAGGACUGCGAAUAAACAGAAAGAAUACACAGUUCAUAAAGAACGCCUACUGCGAAGACGGAGGACUACCACUUGAAGGGUCCCAAAUCGUGGAAACUUCGUCAUACGUAUACCUCGGAUGUUCUAUGCACAUGGAAAGCGACUUGAAGGAAGAACUUAAUAGAAGAGCAGCAUGGGCAGCAUUCGCAGCCGUCAGGGAAGCUACGGACCAACUCACGGACCAAGAUCUUCGUGCCCAUCUGUUCGUCUCGACAGUCCUUCCAUCGCUCUGUUACGCAGCGGAGACGUGGGCAGACACCGCGGCCUCGUCUAGGAAGCCACUUACUACCCACAGAGCCCUUGAGAGAUGUUUUCUGAAGUUUAACCUGCACAUACAACACCUAGCCCGUCUUCGCAGCUCCGACUUAAGAGGGAUGUCCCGUCUUCGCGAUCCAGCGGAAUAUAUAUCGAAAGCAAAGCAUAGAUGGGCCGGUCACAUUAUGAGAAGAAUCGACGAUAGAUGGACCAAAAGGACACUAGAGUGGAUCCCAAGAGAUUCUAAACGCCCUCGAGGAAGACCGCCAACGAGAUGGGGUGAUGUGUUCGCUACACGGAUGGAUCAGCUGAGAGCUCAACUGGAUACGGCUUUAGGACCUCGCCAACAUCACUCACGAAACUUGAGAACAUUUUGGCUGACAAUGGCAAGGGAACGAAGCGAGUGGAAGAGAUGCUGGGGCCCGCACGUCCAAUGA